AUGGGUUUUAGGGAAGGCGUGUGUGUGUGUGUGUUGGUGCUGUUUUUAUCGCCACUAGCUUAGAAUGGGGUUGCACGCUUUGUGCGAAAUACAUACUCUUCCUUGGGCGCGUUACGCGAGGGUUCGCCUUUGUGACUCCUGUGUCCCCAGCAGUUAGUUUACAUCUUGCGCGCCCUCCGUGAACACCACGCGCAGUGACUCCUCGGAUGUGUGCGGUUACCUGCGAGGAGCGCCCAUCAUCUCGCUUUACACGGUUAUUGAUUUUCCGAGGAGGUCGAUUGCCGAGGUCCACCUUCACGUAGAGCCUCGGUAGUAUCUAAGCGUCUACACUGGUGAUGCAUUCCGUUCUUCGAAACUAGUCACAUGAACUAAGAAGCGGUGGUGAUCAUAAAAAGUGCGUGCUGUGCAUGCAUUUAGUACACGCAAAACAUCAUGAGUGCCGCCACCGGACUGUCGCAACAAUUCUGUGUUCGAUGGAACAGCCAUCUCGGCAGCUUGGGAGCAGCCUUUCCACAGCUAUUAGCCGGCCAAAGGUUCGUCGAUGUGACGCUUGCCUGUGAGGGUCACCAGGUGCACUGUCACCGGUUGGUGCUGGCCGCCUGCUCGACGUACUUUGAAAAUUUGCUCGGCGAAAAUCCCUGCAAGCAUCCGAUCAUCAUCCUGCCACGGGACAUCAAGCUGUGGGCCAUACAAGCGCUGGUGGACUUUAUGUACAAAGGAGAGGUGAAUGUAUCUCAGGCCGGACUGCCAGAUCUGAUGAAAUGUGCCGAAAUUUUAAAAAUACGCGGUCUAUGUGGUUCCGAUGCGGCGUUAAACCUAAACCAACUCCAUAGCCCACCAGCAGGCGGAGGGAGCAGCUAUCCCCAGCAACGGCAUCACAGUGCCAGCAGUGACGCCGGCGAACAUCCGGUGGACAAUACCAAUCGUUCAGCGGAUGGAUCGUUUUCCACAAGACAUGGCGGUACGCAAUUCCAAAAUUCACGAUCAGCACAGCAUAACAGCGGGCCUAGCGGACCAAAGAGACAGCUUUUGAACAGCCUGAACCUGCAGCCUAUUGAUGCGGGAAGUCAUCACCAUCAGACCGACGAUGGAAGUCAUAGUGAUAAUGGGGAAAGUGGCAAUGAAAUGUGCAUCAAAACGGAAGAUCUAAUGAUCGAUGACGAUGACGCAAGCAGUAGACAGUGUGCAGAUGAUGACCUCGGAAUGGAAAGUAAUGACAAAGCUUCCACAGACGCGAUUCGCUGCGAGCAGUUCCUCAGCGUUCAUGCAAUGGAUGCGGAGGAUCGAGUGAACGAUCGGGUUGCCAGUGAUUCGAUGCGGGACCGAAUGGAGGAAGAGAUGGAGGAGGGAGAAAAAAUGAUCGGUGAUCGAAGAAUGACGAUGAUGGUGAUGAGCGAAAAAUCAGACCAAUCCGCAAAUCAUACCGAUCGCCAAGAUUUCGUGCAGGACGAUUGCGAUAGUUUCGCCCACGAAAACGAAGGCCAAGACAAUGAUGAUGCUGAUGAUGAUGAUGAUGAUGAUAUUGACAAUGAUCUAAUGGAGGUGGGAGAAGAGACAGAAGGCGUGCGGGCUACAGACGAAGGUGCGAAGGAACAGGAAAUGCGAAGAAAGGCAAAAGCGAAAGCUAGAUCCACCGUACAUCAUUCCACUAAAAGCAACGAACUAUUAGCCUCCCAGCCGAAAAAUUUCUCCACUCUCGCCCUUUCUGCCUCCUCCCUGGUAACGACUUGCAGUAAAAGUGUCGAUAAAUCUGGUGAACCGAAUGCGCUGGCCAGUGGUGCUGGGGAAGGUGCACAGCGCACGAAUGGAACAACACGCACGAUCGGUUCCGUGCCAUCACUUUCCUCCAUAAGCACCGUGCGUACGGUGCCCGGUAGCUCUUCCCGAGGUUCGAUCCGCGUGAAAUCGAUCGAGAAUCUGUUUGAAAACUAUCAAGCCAAACACCAAUCCCCAAAGUCUUCCCGUGACGCUAAGCGAAAGAGCAUGCCGCAGUCGUCGGUGCUUGUGCUUGGCUGUAGCGGCGGUGCCAAUGUCAGUGAGAAUGAUAGUGCCAGUGAACAGCAGCAGCAGCAGCAUCGUACCGGUGGUAUCGCUUCCUCGCUGUUGUACAAUCGCAAUGAGACGGAUAUUUACGUGAAACAACGGAUUCCAAGAGCGACCGAACGCCAUGCAGACGGUGUGUGCGACGAAACGAAUGCUUCCACGGCGAGUGACGGUGACGGGUAUGAGAAUAUAAUAUGUUCCCCUAACUUUCCUCAACUGAGCGAGGUCGUCGGUGGGUAUAAGGCGGAAGAGGACGACGAGGAGGAAGAGUAUGGGGAGGAGUACGCGAUACAGCUGCUGGCGGAAGAGAUCGACAGCAGCAUGCUUGCGAAUGGAGCCGAAAGCGAAGGUGACGAAAUCCUGUACAAACCACCAGCCUUGAUGGCUAUCGCCGGCAGUGCCAAAGGAUCCGGCAACAGUUGUGCCAACAAUAAAUCUUCCGGAAUGCGUACGUACGGCAGAGUGGGCGGGAUGGGUAAUGCGUCCGGAGCUACCUCGACAUUGUCGAUUCGCAAAGUAGAGCGGGACUCUCGGGCGAAUCUUAACAUGGCGCAAGCCCGCACCGUCAACCGACGGUCCAAGCUGACGGGUCGAUCGAAGGAAGCUUUGCAUCAGUUGCUAAACACAAACGGUGCGCCACCACCGAUCGCUUUUACGCUGCGCAACCCGCGGGGCAAUCAACCGCGCACCUACAACACCGAAGCACUGUGGGCAGCUCUGAUGGACGUGAAGGCAGGAGAAAGUAUCUACCGCGCAUCACAAAUGCACAAAGUUCCUCGCAAGACACUACGGAAUUGGAUGAAGCGUUGGGACAUAAAGUCCGCUUACCCGAUGCCCAGGCAGCUGAAGGAAGCGGCCGAAAAGAAGCGCAUCAUCAAGGAACUGACCAGCCAGAUACAAUAGCAGGAGCAUUUGCAACGGCAGCGGCUGCCGCAGCUGCAACUAGGAUUGCCGCAGCUGCAACCAAUGCAACGACCAUCGCUAUGCCCAACGGACGAUCGCGUGUUGACACAGUCCGGUUUCCACUAUGCUAGUAGGAGCGCCAUCACUACUACCACUACGACUGCUGUUGCCUUUCCACAGCAAGCUGCAUCAGUUACAGCGGUUACAGCAGCCGCCAACCGUACUAUGCCAAUAGCAUGGGAGUGAAAGUUAGGAGUGAAGAAGCAAGAACGGGGAGGGGAGGUGGGGGUGGGUUUAAUAUGCCAAAAACCAAAACUUACAAGCCAAGAAAGUAAUCAGCGAGCGUAGUGAAACAAACAUUAUAUACAAUAAGAAGACAUAUACAUGUACGUACCGAGUCAAGGCAGAGACGGUAAGAGACAAACCAAAUGUUGCACUGCGAUGUACUAAAAGACAUUGCGCAGGGAAAGGAAAUAGUUGCCAAGAUAAAGAUGGAAAGAUACCCAGGGAAAUGAGUAUAGCGAGAGUAUAGUUAUAUAUAUACACACACACACAUAUUCGUUUUAUUUUACAGUUGUAUAUUACCCAUCGUUUACCGUCUUGGUACAGCGGAAUGUAGGGCAAAUAAGUUUCCGUGAGUCAAGCCAUCGAAUCGUAGCCAUCGUAAUGCCCACCACCACCACCACUUACAACCAUAUACACUUUUCUUCCAUUACUUUUGUGCAUCUUGAAUUGUUGUCGUUCAAUACGAACGCGGAGUGCGAAUGGAUAGGGUUUUAUACUUAGUGAAAGUAACUACUAGCGGCCAAAAAAAAAUUGAAUGGUUGAAAGGGCAGAAGGUGGGGGGUGGGGAGGGGGGGAGAGCCAAAUUCGUUUAUAGUAACGCCUAAAAAAUCGAUACACCCGGCAUCCUGUGCAAUGUCCUGGUUGGUUCUAAACGAAUGGAUGCGCGCAUGGGUGUCGGUUUCUAGUCAUGGUCUGUGGUUUUGCAGGCAGAUAAUUUGAACUUGUUUCGUUUAUAUUUUACCCACGCGGAUAUAGGUUUAGCUUUGGAUGUGCUUAAAGUUUUAGUAUUUUGUUUGAAUCAUUUUUGAGUUUAUUUUCAUAUUUUUUUAUUUAACACACAAUCAGUGGCAAUAUAUUAUAGUUCGAAUGCAGGUGUGGCGUAUAUGAAGUAUUUAGUUUGUGAUGUGAUGGGCUCUGUCGCAAUGCUUGGCAGCUUGCUUACUUUACGUUUAGUUAUCUUUUUUUUAACAUACCACAAAUGUUUGUAUUCCUUACCUCUCAAGUUGUUCCUUUUCGGAAUCGGAAGUCUAUAUUUAUUGUCCAAUCGAAGGAGUGUAACCAACCAACCAACCAAUCAUGCCAAAUCUCAAUACUAUUUGAACCCGCAAUUAAUUCGAAUGCUAGUAAAGUAGGGGUUUGAUUGCUGUCGUACUUAUAGGUAAUAUAGUUGUGCCCGAUAAAUUAAUUCUACGCCAGCGUGUACCAAUCCAACUUUUGUAGUCAAACAUCCUUUUUUCAGCAACAUCAACUUUACUUGCACACACCACCAACCCACCACCAACACACGUGGUGUGGUGUGCAGGGUGAUUAUUUCUUGUCCAUGUCGCGUGCCGGAUGCGUAGAAUACAGGAAAAAAGGGCGAUAGCGAACCGAACCGGUGGAUAAUGUUGAGUGAAUCCUCUCCUAUUUUUUUACAAGAGGACCCCCCUUAAGAAAUCGUCUCGAGACAAACAGAUGGAACUUAUGACAGGAUAUACCGACUAUAUAGAUAUACAUAUUGUGCAUACACAAAAUCCAGACAAAGAAAAUGCCAGUAAACUAUUUAUAAGAAUGAUAA